GUCAAUUCAAUUGUCACAUAAAAGGGCUUCCCCUCACUCCCUCCUCUACCACUACCACCCGCAACGACACGACACGACACCUGCUCUGAAAGCAACCAUCCCUCGAAUCCACACCACACACUACACACUUAUAACCAAAACAGCAAGCAAUGACUCCCAAACUCUUCGUCACCGGCAUCACAGGCUACAUUGGCGGCUCGGCCGUCGAUGUCAUCAUCAAAGCCCACCCGGAAUACGAGGUCGCUGCUUUGGUGCGGAGCGAUGACAAGGCCGAGCUCGUAAAAUCCAAAUACUCGUCCGUACGAAUCGUCAAGGGCGACCUCGAUUCCGUCGAUACUAUCAAGGCCGAGUGUGCUAAGGCUGAUAUCGUUUUGCACUUCGCUGACUGUGACCACGUUGCCUCGGCGAAAGCCAUCACCGAGGGCCUCGCCGCCUCGGACAAGCCCAAGUACCUGAUCCACACCUCGGGCUCGGCGUUGCUCGCCGACAUCAGCAAGCCGGAGCGCUUCGGAGCCACAAUCCUCUCGGAGGAGAAAUACGCGGACGUAUCCACGCUGUCCACCGUCACCUCGUUCCCGGAGGAGGGCCACGUGCACCGCGACGUCGACACCAUCGUCCUCGCGUCUCCCAGCAACGUGCACACGGCGAUCGUGUGCCCACCCACGAUCUACGGCCCCGGCUUGGGCGUCGCAAACACCCGCUCCAUCCAGACGCCCGGCCUCACCAAGGCGAUCCUGAAGCGCGGAAAGGGCUUUACUGUCCGCGGCGGAAAGAAUGUAUGGAACUCGGUGCACAUCCGCGAUCUCUGUGCGCUGUACCUCCUCCUCACCGAGGCGGCAGUGAAGGGUGGCCAGGGUGCGGACUGGGAUACCGAGGGUUACUACUUUGCUGAGGAUGGCGAUUUUUCGUGGGGUGAGCUCGCGAGGGAGAUUACCAAGCGUGCCGCUGCGAAGGGGUAUCUCAAGAGUGCUGAGGUUGAGGAGCUGGAUGUGGAGGAGGUCAAGAAGUUGCAUCCGUUUGGGCAUGUGCUGUGGGGAACUAACAGCAUAGGCAAGGCCGAGAGGGCGAGGAAGCUUGGCUGGGCCCCAACUGAAAAAUCACUGCUGGAGACGCUGGAUGAGCUCAUUGAGCAGGAGGCAAAGCUUCAGGGUUUGUAGAUGUUUUUGCAUCCGUCUAAUUCUGGUCUGUUAGGACAAUCAUGAAUGAAAUGAUUCUUCGUCCACACAUGUCUGUCACUCCUAUGAAUCAUAUACCUGAGA